AUGGCUACACUCAUCCAAGAGAAUGGUAUUAAAGAAUUAAGCAAAGCUACACAUGGAGUAGUUAGUAACCAUGGAAUGUCUAAUCAUACACAUACAAUGCCUAGACACAUGGUACCCGACCAUGAAUAUUGUGAAGCAGGUAAUCCUGGACAGCCACCACAACAGGGCCUGGAUGUUGGAGAUGGAGUUCAGCCAAUGGCACAAGAAGAAGAGGAAGAAACUCCAGAAAUUGACAUAGUGAUAAACAAUGUUGUGUGUAGUUUUAGUGUUAAGUGCCACCUGAACUUGAGACAGAUUGCGUUGAAUGGUGUGAAUGUUGAAUUUCGACGCGAAAAUGGUAUGGUGACUAUGAAGCUGCGACGUCCUUACACGACUGCAUCAAUUUGGUCGUCAGGACGCAUUACAUGCACAGGUGCAACAAGUGAAGACCAAGCUAAAAUAGCAGCAAGGAGAUAUGCUCGGGCACUACAAAAGCUUGGUUUUCAAGCACGCUUCAGGAACUUCCGGGUAGUCAAUGUUCUUGGGACCUGUCGAAUGCCCUUUGGAAUUAAGAUCAUAGCAUUUUCAAAACAAUAUAAGGAAGCAGACUAUGAACCAGAACUGCAUCCUGGUGUGACAUACAAACUGUAUAAUCCUAAGGCCACAUUGAAGAUAUUCUCUACGGGUGGAGUCACAAUUACAGCCCGCAGCGUGAACGACGUACAGUCAGCCGUCGAGCGCAUUUUCCCACUGGUGUACGAGUUCCGUAAGCCUCGUUCCGCAGCCGACGAAGAGGCGCUUCGGCAGAAGCGUGCCGCCCGCAACCGUCCGCCCGUGGACCUCCAGCCCCGCAGAGAGAAACCCCAAGACAACAUGAUGCUUGUCACCCUCUCUGAAGAAGAGAACGAAUGGGAGUGA